UUGUAGCAAGCAAAAAGGACUGGCAGAACUUAUACAGCACAAGUGAGGUGGUUAUGGAAGAGUUCGAAUGGCUACCCAGUACAAGUACUCUCCAAGCAACUAAUUUCACUUCUGAAGGUAUUGACGAACUCUGCACGAACUGGAUGAAAAUUAAGUCGGCAGUAGUGGUACCGAAUCGACCGCGUCACAUCCGUCCUUCUAAUUUUAUUAUAUGGACUGUUGGUUUGACUUGCGUUACAGUAAUUAGUUUAUGUGCUGCUGUUGGAAUUGUGUUUGUCAAGAAACUUAGCAAACGAGCAUACAACCACUUCAUCACGGUUCUUGUAGCUGUCGGAGUUGGUUCACUUAUAACUUCAUCUACUUUGCAUUUGCUACCUCAGGGCUUAGGAGUCGCUGAUGGAGAAAAUUACGAUUUUAUCAUGGUUAUGAUGUUUUGUAUAUUCGGGAUAUACAUCUUUUUCUUCUGCGAUAAAUUCAUCAAAAUCACUCUGGAGUCAAAAAAGAUGAAUGAAAUUGAAAUGUUGAUUAACGCUGGAAGUCAUGUAAACGCGGAAGCCGGAGUUGUUUCGAUCCGUUCGACAGAUGCUUUAAUUACUGAAAACGGUAAUCUCAAAUCUGUUGCUUUUCCAACAUCAGAACGAAUGAAAGGAUAUAAAAAACAAACAUCAUUGCGCAAACAAAGCGACGAAGCUGACAGUACAACUCGUUCCAGUCUCGAUAUGUCAAGACAGGCUCAUGGUAUUUGUGUUCAUGACCAUGAAAUAACAUUUAAUCAAACAAAAGAUUCGGCAAUAAAAACGGUCGCAUGGAUGAUUGUGUUUGGUGAUGGUUUGCACAAUUUUAUCGAUGGAAUCAGUAUUGGUGCUGCUUUUAGUGAAUCUCUGUUGAGUGGUUUGAGUGUCAGUAUGUCGGUAUUCGCCGAGGAGUUCCCACAUGAAUUAGGCGAUGUGGCAAUUUUGUUGAAUGCUGGUAUGAACCAGAAGCAAGCUUUAUUUUAUAAUCUACUUAGUACGGUUACCUGCUUCGUAGGAUUCAUUAUCGGUGUCGUUCUGGGUAGUGUCGAAUCACUUCUACGAUACAUUUUUGGUUUUUCGGGUGGCAUGUUUCUAUACAUUGCCCUUUCGUGUAUGAUGCCCGAGAUGAAAUCCACAAUGGAAGAAGCGUUGGAAAAUGGUUAUCUUGAUGCGUUUCUUGUUCUUUCGUUGCAGACUACGGGCUUAGCUUUGGGAACAUUCUCAAUGUUUUUUUUUGCUCGCUAUGGAGAUUUGAUCAAAUUUUCUUAAAUUUCCGCCUUCCCAGUGAUGCUUUUAGUACAGUGAAGGUACUUUUCUGAUUUUGAUGGAUAUGUUGAUUUAUUUUUAAUGUUUGUUUUUGAAAGCUUAUGUGAAAUAUUUCUGGCACCAGUAUUUACUAGAAAUUUAUAGGUUGUAUCAUGUAUUUAAAAGUUAUUGGAGUUUCUUAGCUGAAUACAAUGUUUACCUGCUUUAACUGACUUGAGCUGGAUUGAGGGGGAGAUAAUAUCAAGCUCAAGAUCACAUUCAGGAUGGGAGGCCUUGUCGUUCAAAAUUGUGGUUUAUCAGACUAUCAAGCAGUUGGAUCUGAUAUGGAUAAAUGCCUUGUUUGAUUCAAAAAAAAAACC